AUGUUUUCCAAAGUACGAAAACAUAAGUUACUUUAUCUCCCAUUCUUCUAUUGUUUUUUAGCUCCUAUCAAUAUCUCUUCCGAUUACAAGUGGUCACCGAGUGCUGCUACUGUGGCUGGCAAUUCUGAAUGUGGUCCUGACCUUGCACGACUCCACCGCCCAUCCAGCGUUUGCAUUGAUGAUAGAGGAGGUAUUUUUGUUGCUGAUCAACACAAUCACCGCAUUGUAAAAUGGAUGCCUCAUGGAAAACGUGGCAAAUUAGUGGGUACAGGUAAAGGUAUAGGCAAUGGACAGAUGGAGUUGAAUUGCCCUACAGAUGUCAUAUUCGACAGCGAAACAGAUAGUCUUAUAAUUUCUGACUAUGGUCAUAAACGAGUAGUACAAUGCUCUUUUGGAAACAAUGAAUGUAUGACAACGGUGAUUCAGGACAUCAAGUGUAGAGAAUUAGCGAUGGAUUACCAACGACGGCUCUAUGUCACAAACGAAGAAAACCAUGAAGUGAAACAAUUUGUACUCGUACAAAAGAGUGAUAAAAUUAAGGCGAAAGACAAUGGAAAAGUAGUAGCGGGUGGCCAUGGACAAGGGAAUGGUCUUAAUCAACUGAAUCAUCCACAAUGUGUCUUUGUUGAUGAGUAUCUUCAGGUUUAUGUGUCAGACUCAGAUAAUCAUCGCGUAAUGAAAUGGAAAGAGGAUGCACAAGUAGGAGAAGUUGUAGCUGGUGGCAAUGGAGAAGGAAGUGCUUUAACGCAGUUGAAGAUUCCUAGUGGUCUAUUCGUCGAUUCUUUAGGUAAUUUAUAUGUGGUAGAUAAUGGAAACGAACGAGUUAUGCGUUGGUGUAGAGGAAUGUCGUCAGUAUCUGUGGUUGCCGGUGGAAACGGCCCCGGAGUAAAAAACCAUCAGCUGAACACACCUGAGGGUAUCACGUUCGAUCGGCAUGGGUAUUUAUAUGUAGCUGAUACUGGAAACCAUCGAAUACUAAGAUAUAGUACUGAAAUAUCAUAUGGCAGUUAGAAGACUGACUGAAACUUCAAUAAGAUGCUUUCAUUCGGAAACUCCUAAUUGCUUUUCUAUAUUUGAAUUACAUAUUUCUCUAUGUAUGCAAAACAUUAAAAUAUAUACAAGAUGAGCGGAAAGUAGUACAAGGAAGAUUUUUUCUUAAGCUUUUCUUUGUAAAUUGUCACUUAUUCUGAUAUUAGUAUUAUUUAUAAUGGGUGUUAGAAUUCAGGAAUGCGACUAAAGAUCAAUAUUGAUACAUGGUAAUGUAACGUCACAACAGUUAGCACCAGAUUCGAUAUUUCCUGUCCCGAUUCGACUGGGUAUCUGUGCUAUUGUUUUAAUCAGUUGUGCUAGAUGCAGAAUUUCAUGCUGAAUCCCAUGGUGUCGAUUUCAAGGGGGCUUGUUUGUCAAAACCUGGGAAUUGCCUAGCAAAGACGCAUCCCGACCCCCUUUUUCAGGAAUACAUGUGGUCCGGAUUCUAUUAUGUGUCUGUGCUAUAGUUUUAAUCGAGUGUGCUAGAUGCAGAAGUUUAUGGUGAAUCCAAUGGUGCUAAUUUCAGAGGGGGGAGGGGUUCUUUGCCAAAAACUCGGGGUUGCCUAGGAGAAACGCUUUCCGAUCCCUU